CUCAAGGUUGGCAGCCGAAAGUUCUGACAGUUUGAACAGACGACGGAUUUAAGUCUUGGAGUGAGAAGGCUUUUCAUUAUUUUGUAGGAAGUUGUUUUCCAGAAGAACAAGAUGUCGUCGAGCGGUCCGCACAUACGAGAUAAUAGUGAUGGAACAAUCACAGUACAGUACCAACCUAAAGAGGUUGGAAGACAUGAAGUGUUAAUGGAACAUAAUGGAGCAGCUGUAAAUGGUAGCCCGUUCCAAUGUGUAGUUGAUUCUGUGGGUGGUGGAUAUGUAACAGCCUUUGGUAAAGGUUUAGUUGGAGGUCAAAGUGGAGAAAGUGUUGAUUUUACAGUUGUCGCCAUACAAGGCCAUUCCAAGGACCUGACCGUAAAUAUUGAUGGACCUGGUAAAGUAGAUUUAUCAAGGAAAGAUAACCCCGAUGGUUCCAUUAACUUUAGCUUCCGACCUAUGACCCCUGGUGCCUACAGUUUAAAUAUUAAAUAUAAUGGCAAACAUAUCAAAGGAUCGCCUUUCACCGCUAAAGUAUCAGGUGAAGGCAGAAAACGUUCUCAGUUAUCACUGGGUAACAGCAGUGAAUACAAUUUGAAGAUUGUAGAAGCCAAUUCUGUUAAUCUGUCAGGAAGUAUGAAAUUACCUGACGGUACUGUAGAACCAAUCAUCUUGAAGAAACUUGGUGAUGGUGAAUUGGGUAUUGCCUCGUUCAACCCUAAGAAGAAAGGAGCAUACAAAGUCAACAUAUAUCAUGACGAAAAGCCAAUCAAGGGCAGUCCUUAUACUAUUGAUGUAGGUGAUAAAGAAUUGGGUCAUGCUGCAAAAGUCCAUGUUACUGGUGCUGUGACUGAUGCUAGUGCUAACUCGCCAAAUACACUUGAAAUUGACACAUCUAACGCUGGUUAUGGUGGUCUUAGUGUAGCCAUUGAAGGUGGUCAUCGUUCGGAGAUUGAUUGUAUUGAAGUUAAUGACAGGAAAUAUACUAUUCAGUAUGCUCCUCAUGAACCGGGAAUAUACAUCCUUAAUAUCAGAUUCGCUGAUGAGCAUAUACCAGGCAGUCCAUUUUUAUUGGACGUCAAGGGUAAUCCAUCUGGUCGUAUUCGUGAAACAGUUCAGAAGCAAAUGGAAGCUGCUGAAGCAUCUUCUCCUGGCAAACAAUGUACCUUCAUCCUCAAGAUACCUGGUACCAACCCCUUUGAUAUGGAGGCUUCAAUCACCAACCCUGAUGGACAAACUGAACUAUGUGAUGUAGUAGAUGAGGACGAUUUCCAUUAUUUGAUUCAUUUUAAGCCUGAUAUUGAAGGAACGCAUAUCUUGAGUGUCAAACACAAGGGUGUGCAUGUUGCAGGUAGUCCAUUCCCGUAUUCUGUUGGACAUUUAAGCCAGGGUGGUGCCCAUAAAGUACAAGCUGGAGGUCCUGGUCUAGAACGUGGAGAAGUUGGCACCGCAAAUGACUUCAAUAUUUAUACCCGUGAGGCUGGACCAGGUAAUCUGUCUAUAUCCAUAGAAGGUUCAUCUAAAUCUGUUAUAACACUAGAAGACCGACCGAAUGGUUCACUUGGUUGUUCGUACAGCUGUAAAAGUCCAGGUAAAUAUGGUAUCCAUAUCAAGUUUGAUGACCAGCAUAUCCCCGGAUCACCAUUUAUUCUAAACGUUGCACCAGAUAGUGGAGAGGCUAAAUCUGUGUCCGUUCAUUCACUUAAAGAUAGAGGGUUACAGAUUGAUAAACCAACCACCUUCUCUGUCAACCUGAAUGGAGCUAGUGGAACUAUUCACGCCACUAUCAGAUCACCAACCGGUGGACAUGAGGAUUGUUUUAUUCAAGAAAUGGACAAAGGCUGCUAUGCCGUGCGUUUUAUACCCAAGGAAAACGGUGUCCACUACAUAGAUAUUAGAUUGAACGAUGCUCACAUCCCAGACAGUCCGUUUGCUAUAAUGGUUGGUCAAAGUGGUGCCGAUCCUGCCCUUAUUAUAGCGACCGGAAAUGGUCUUGAAACAGGAAAAUGCAGUAAGUAA